AUUAUUCACUACAUUUAAGUCUUUUAUUUUCUUCUCUCUUCCUUUUUUAACCAAACAAUAGGAGAGAAUUUUUUUAAUUUUUUUUUCUUUUCCCCGAGUCCAAACAGAGCCUAAAGACCACUGCAAACGAAAAUCUGAACCCCAGCAGGAGAGCAGCAAGCAAAGGCCCGUCAAUGGCGAACGAAGCUCCGUCCUCGUCGUCUGUUCCUCUGGUGGGAGAAGAUAGAGAGGAUUUCGUACACGGGUCGGAGUCGGGCUGGGUCGAAGCCCGCACCAGUUGCGACCACCUGGCCGCCGCUUUGUCUUCGGAUCUCACUCAUAUCCCCGCCCCAGAUACUCACUGCAGCAGGUGCCACCACCCCAAUGAGAAUUGGCUAUGUUUAUGCUGCAAGGAUGUUCUUUGUAGCCGUUUUAUCAACAGGCACAUGCUUGAGCAUUAUCAGGAGACAACCACUCAUUGUGUGGCUCUCAGCUACAGUGAUCUGUCCGUUUGGUGUUUCUCCUGUGAUGCAUAUUUGGAUGCUCAAGUGAUUUUGCCUUUGCGACCCGUUUAUGAAACUGCCUACUUGCUGAAAUUUGGCGAAGCACCACCGCUGCGGUCAGUUGAAUAUGUUGUGCAAGCCUGAAAUAUUCAUGCUGAGAGCUCAACAUCCAGGAAAUAGAUUUUAUGUUUUCUCUAUGCUUCCAAAAUUUUCAUCCUUGUAGUGCUUACGAAGUUUUGCUCAAGGAGAUUGCAUGUGUAGCUUCAGCCUCUUCGCACUGCUUAUUUCCUGUAGUUAUGGCUAUGGACUUAAUUUGGUAUUUCAGUAA